AUGGCGACUGUCGGGCCCCUAUCACGACCAAAGACCUUGGUCCUAUGCUUCGAUGGCACCGGAAACAAAUUUUCUGGGACAGAGGCGGACUCUAAUGUCCUCAAAAUCUUUCGAAUGCUGGAUAGUAGCCAAGGGGAUCAGUUCCACUACUACCAGCCAGGGAUAGGCACCUAUGUAUCCUCUGCAACUUUCUCUGACACUGGGUUUUACUCUAGGGUAAAGUCUGCCAUGCUCAAGGCAAAGGAUUCGGCCGUUGGUUCCUCAUUUGCGGACCAUGUGAUAGCCGGUUAUCGCUUUCUGAUGCGCUACUAUGCACCGGGGGAUAACAUUUAUUUCUUCGGAUUCAGUAGAGGCGCAUACAUUGCACGGUUUCUCGCAGAGAUGAUUGACUAUGUUGGCCUCCUGGCAACCGGAAAUGAGGAGCUGGUGCGCUUUGCCUGGAAAAAUUAUGCGAAAUGGCAGCAGAGGGAUGGCCGUGGUGAUGAAUACCACGGUGAGAAGCUGAAGAUGUAUAAUUAUAUGAAGGCGUUUCGUGAAACUUUCAGCCGACCUGUAAACCCUAUACGGUUUAUUGGCAUCUUCGACACUGUCAACAGCGUUCCGAGAUUUGAGUCGGCCUGGAUGCAGAGGAGCAAGUUCCCAUACACAGCAAAGACUUCGGCCAGGGUCAUUAGGCAUGCCGUCGGUAUCGACGAGAGACGAGCGAAAUUUCGACAAGACUUGAUUUCGCAGAUGAGGAGCUAUCAAUCAAAGCACGAUCAUCACCAUAUCCAUCAUCUAACCCACCAUGGCUCCAAGUCGAGCUUCAGUAAGUGGAUCUUCCGCAAGCUGAUUCCGGGCAAACGUAAGGAUAAUGUCCCCAAUGUUGUUAUCAAUAGCCCUGAAGGGGACGAGAAGAAGGCCAACGGCACCGAAAAUAACGGAGUGACAAGUGGAAAUACCAAUAGCAAGGACUCCGAUAAAACCCCCAGAGGACAGGUUGGCGGGAGAUAUAGGCCGUCUCCCUCUGCUAAUUUUAGUGGAAUGCCUAGCCUAUCCGUUCCAGGAAACUCGCAGGCCAACGAUAAUAUCUCUAUCGUGGAGAGUUGCCACUCCAAAGUAUCAAUGCCGGUGCCUGGCCUUGAAGAUGGCGACGAGACACAGGAUAUCCAGGAGGUCUGGUUCCCCGGUGGACAUGCAGAUAUUGGUGGAGGGUGGGAUCUUGUCGACGGCGAGCUCUGGCAGCUCAGUCAUGCACCACUGGUUUGGAUGGUCCACGAGGCACAGGAAGCAGGCCUGCAGUUCAGUCCUCGCGCGCUGAAACAGUUCGAGUGCGAUGAGUCGUACUCCGGUGACGUUACUCCAGUGCAACGCUCAUCCUUCCAGUUUGAUGAGAACCAGGAUCUCCAGCGGAAAUGUGUUCUAGAGGCAGGGUUGCUUGAGAAAGAAUUGGAUGUCGAAGAGAUUCGAAAUUCCAAUAGGAAAGUGACCGCAUCCGAAUCCUUCCAUGCUGCUCUUCACCUUUCCAGUACCCAGGGCCAGAUACACGACUGCCUGUCGUAUAACAUGGGAGUUCCCAGGCUCUCAGUAACACUUUGGUCGCUGAUGGAGUACCUCCCGUUCAGGCGUAUGGACCUCCAAUCCGACGGCUCCUGGAAACCGAUACGCUGGCCGCUACCCCGAGGUGAGGUCCGUGAUAUUCCUGAUGAUGCCCAGAUACAUGUGAGUGCCAUACGUCGACUCCAAGCCAGGGACGACUACAGACCUGGUAACUUGAUUUUGGGCGGUGGUGGCCGCGGAGUCAAACGGUUGCCCAAGGACCAUCACACUGGAGACUGGGAUGUGUAUAAACAUGAAGGCUGCCCGAUCAGGGAGACUUAUAUCCGUCGUAGAGUGCCUAAAGGAGAUAAAUCAGAACAAACUAGAAAGAAAUGUCAAGGCAAGAAGGGACAUAAACACUAG